AUGGAUAUGGAUAACUCAAUUGCUCAGUGGAUUAACUCGAAGAUACGCGGGGACGAGCGUGUAAACGAUGCAGAGGCGAAGGCGGUAAUGGAUGUGCUGCAAUCGAGAAGCGGACCAGGAAUAUUGAAGCUUAGCACGGCGAGGGAUGCCUUGUUCGAUGCCUUCAAAAGAAGACUCCUCAAGGAUGAUAAUGAUGUAGAUGAUACUGACGUGUCUGCGCUAGUAUCCUUUGUUCUCGAAUCUCGCGAUCAGUUCACCACUAUUGACCAGUUUGAGAGAGGGAAUAUCUACAAGACCGCCAGGCUCCACAAGGAGCUUCUCCUCAACAACAACUUGUCGGAUUACGUGCAAGCCGCAGAGAAUAGCUAUGAGAAUGCCAAGCCUUUCCUCGACUAUCUAUUGGAACUCCAGAUGCAUGAUACGGAACUCCCAGAGGAAUUCCAUGGAUUGGAGCCGGAUGAUAAAGUUUCUGAACCGAAUCACUACGUAUGCAUUACAGCAUCUUCUGGAACCGGGAAAACGCAGCUGGCGGCAACCGCGAGUCUCAAAUACGAAGCGGCGACAACCAUAUACUUGAAUUUUUCUCUUGAAGGCGCUAGUCAACGGUUCUACAAACCUCACACGUCCAAUCAAUCAGGGGAACUUGUAGUGAAGUUGAUUGAAAAGUUCGCAGGGGAAGUUCGUGGCAGUUUGAUCCCGGAACUGGACGAAGACAAAGAACAGGGACGUGUGACAGCCCAUAAGAUUGGUCAUUGGGCCAAGCAUCAUGACAAUGGCACGUCCCUCUUCGUCCGCAUCUUGCAUGGCCUUCUGCUUAGCGAUGAAGAUCCCAAUGUUUCAUCCCGGCUCUGCCAAGGAAACAAGUUUCGCCUCCAGGCGCUGAAAGCGGUGAUCGAAGCAAAGAAAACUAAGUUCCUGGUGUUUCUCGAUGAAGUGCCUCACAAGACAUCUGCUAAUUUCAGUAAUGUGCUGUGUCUGAGAGAUGCACUCCGAUACCUGGGCAUUGCCCCUAUCCUGAUGAGUACCCACACUGGAUCUCAAGACUAUGUGAGCGAAAGCUCACGAGACUCGCUUGAUGUCUGGACCGAUGCCUUGUCAAGACUUCCUCCCUAUGCACCCUUGCCUACAGGAUCAUCGAUGAGACCGUACAUUGUUGAGUCGGAGCGUCCCCUCGUCCUUGCCAAGGUGUUGGAGCUGAUAUACAAUAAUGAGGGUGUCUCGUUGCGAGGAAUUGUCGAUGGAGUACGAAGUACCCUUCAGGAGACAAAGGGUGUUGCGUGGAAGUCAAACCCAUCUCUUCAACUUGUGCAGCUUUUUUGUACGGAUUUCGAAAUUGAGCAAGAGACAUUCAGUUCGGCUCACAAUCUUGUCGGCCAUCACUUUGGAUGUCUGCAAGACCAAGUGAAGUUUGAUCCGGAGAAUCUUGGGGUCAAAUACAAAUGUUCUGAGGCGAGAUCGUUUGGCAAAACAGUUGCUGUGGCGCCCGUUAGCGCCACGUACGAGCCCCUACUCUACCUUGCUUUGGUGACAUGGGACGAAUCCAUGCUGCCAGGCGCGAAAAAUAGGUACUUCCCUUUGGUUGACAAGAAAGGCCACGCUCUAACUGUGAGGGAAGUCUUUGAAACCUACAAGCAUGAAUUCAAGCCCAGGGCAAAUGCUGCAAAUGUGCACGCUAUAAAGAAGGAUGGAGAUUUGUUGGAAGUUCUCGUCCAUGCCUCUUUCACUUUGGCAUCGAUGAAAAUGAGCAAUGAUGACGGAUGCUCUCUCCCCGGUGUGGCACUGAAAGAGUUUGCUCCUCUUGUUCGGCGGUUGAUGAUGAGAGGAAAGCUGAAUGCCCUUCCGCAGACCCCUCCGUUAUUCGAGUCUAUGAUCAAAGGGUUUGAUUGGCCCAGGAUGCCGGCACUUGGUGGCUCUAAUUCUGGGUUGCCAUCAGAUAAACUCGGCGAGGACGCUUGUACAGGCUUCCUCAAAAGACCUCCGGACAAAGAAAUGGUCGAUGGUUUCAUUAUUGAGGGCAGUGAGGCCCCUCUGUUCAGCAUUGAAUGCAAAAACUACAAAGAUGGAGUUGACGCAACAAUUUUGAAAGAAGUCUUUGUGAGGAUCCCGUCGAGCGUGAAGUGCAGCUUUGUGUUUGUGUCCAGCAUGAAGCGAGGGACAUUCCAAAUGACAAAGUUGGCUGACUUGAAGAAGUCUUUCAUCAACCAUAAGAACAAAGGCAUCAGUGUCGUGAGAUGGGAAGAGAACAAAGACCCAUACGUUUUGAAGGUGAAGGGCAGGGCUGAGUUCAAAGCUACUCAAACAGAGUUGCUCGUCCUCAUCAUCGAGGUUGGUACUAUUGAUGCAGGUGAGUUAGACCGAAGCGAGAAGCGUAAUUCACCGCCCUGUUCAAACUUUCCGAUGGGGACAAAACGUCAUAAGGGUGGGUAA